AUGUCAUUUGCAGAAGUGGCCAUCACGUUCAAUGCAGCUACGAGCAACAAUGAUACGCUAUCAGUGGCUCAUGUAUGGGAUAUUAGGUCAGGAGCGGCAAUAGCUAGUUUGAAAAGUUGCCAUGCAAGUGGCGUUGCAUCCAGUGUUCUUCCAGUAGUCAAUGCAGGAGGAAGAACGUGUGGUAUCUUGGCUGUUGUAUCUGAUCGCCCUACUCUUCAUUAUUGGAGUUGGUUGAAGGAUCAACCACAUACACGGAUGACAUUACCAGAAAAGAUGGGAUCGUUGGUUAUAACACAUUCUGGACUCUUUUGCGUUGGAGGAGGAGAGAGCGGCAAGCUAUACGUGUGGGAGAUCAGUACGGGCAGACUAUUGAACGUGAUCGACGCGCACUAUCGAGCCAUCCGCAUCAUGAAAUUCUCAACAGACGACCAUGCUCUCAUAACAGCAGGCGACGACGCUCUAUGCCAUUCAUGGAGUCUCUCAACCCUCUUUUCUAAAUCCAAAAAACCUAUACCAGACAUCACAUUAACGUCUCACACACUCCCAAUAACCGACAUGUACUUGUCAAUGUCGCUAUUACAAUCUGCUCGAGCAUACACUGCUUCGAUUGAUCGAACAGUAAAGACAUGGCAACUGUAUAGCAAAACACUGUUAUUCACCAUCUUGUUCCCAACACCGAUAGUGUGUAUAGCUGUGGAUCCACCAGAGACGAGAUUGUUCGCUGGUGGUGAUUUGGGUGUGAUUUAUGGCACUGAGUUGUUUCCUAAGCAGGGUGAUGGGAGUAGAAGGACGAUGAGAAAUAAAGGUAUUGAGGAUGGUGGUGCAUUGACGUAUAGUUCACACACUGGCAAAAUCACAGGCCUUGCUCUCUCAUUCGAUUCCACAUUGUUGGUGUCAACGUCUAUGGAUAAGACUGCUAUAGUAUGGGAUGUGAUUUCUCGUCAAGCACUGAGAACAUUCUCAGACCACAAAGUGCCAUUGACUGGUCUACAUGUAAUCAUCCGACCACCAGACUUGUUGGAUCCAAAAUCAACAUUGAAGAGCAGCACAGUGUCCACAUUCAGACGACACAUGACGUCCGACACGGAUAAUCAAGAAGUCGUGGCUGUACCAACACACAUGGAUGAAGAGCAGUCACGAAAACGGAAACGAUCAGACUUUGUGGAUGAGUUGCCAUUAUCAUUACGACUAGCACAUGAUGCUUCAGGACUGGAUUCAACACAAUCAGAAGUAGAGCAAUUGAGGAGUGAAAUCGCUAGACUCAAACAAGUCAAUAAGCAGUUGAAGACAGUUAAUGACGAGUUGUAUCAAGCUGCUGUAGGCCAGUUCUCGAAACAAUCAUAG